AUGUGGGUCCUUUUGCCCUGGACAGUUAUUGUCACUUUUUCUGGUUACAUCUUCUACUGGCUUACACUGAUGUGGCGAGCAAGAGAAAGUUUUCGAUUCCAAAACAAAUCUUUAAAUAUUGAAAAACAAGCUAUUGAGUUAAAGAACGAUAAAGGAGUAUAUCGUAGCGGUCUGCUGCAAAAUGGUGAAGAGACUGCAGAACGAGCCUUACCUGAACUAAUGACUUUGUACGAUGUCUUCAUGAGAGGUUUAGAGAAUAGCAAUAAUGGUGACUGUAUUGGUUCUCGAGUUUCCAAAGACGGGCCAUAUCGUUUCAAAAAAUAUAUGGAAGUUUACAGACUUGCAAGAAUUUUUGGUUCAGCUCUUGUCAGUAAACUUAAUGUUAAUAAAGGUAAACAGAGAAAGAUCUGCUUCUUUUUUUUGUCUUUAUAAUA